UUACGGAAGGUAUCACUCGCAGAAAUGGAAAUCAUCAGAAGCAAACGUGGAAGUACGAAAGUAUGCUACGAAGGAUAUGCUUACACAAAAAAGAAAGAGAACACUUCUACAGUCCGUUGGGAAUGCUGUAAAAGACGAUCACACGCAUGUACUGGUGCCCUUACCACCGAUUUUGGAAUCACGCAGGUACAGAUCGUCUGUCCCCAUACUCACCCGGAAGACCAUACCGAGAUUGAAGCGAUGAAGGUCCAUUCUCAGAUUAUGGCAGUUGCAGACAUAGGGGCGCCCGGGCAGAUACUGGACGUAAUGUUGGCGCAAUAUCCCGAGGAGAUACGAGCAGCACUGGGCAAUACCGAAAGCCUUAAGCGCGCGAUUCGUCGAGCAAGGACAUACACCAAUACCCGAUCUGGUCAGUCGUCAACAGAAAAAAAAGCGGUCGUUGAUAGGGCGCCGACUGAGUGACAAACUGCGAGUGGGUCAGCAAGAGUCCCAUGAAAGAUACCAACCAGAAGGGUUAUAUGAUCGUAAGAAUACCAUGCCCUUCAGAUACCAACUAGAAGGGUUACAUGAUCGUUAGAAUACCAUGCUCUCCAGCGUUCCUUUUUUUCUCAGGUUAUCAGGAGGCCACAUUGGUGAGGGCAAUUGAAUGUAAAUAAAAUCUUGGACUAUAGAUAUAAUGAUAUUAUGUACCCAGUAUCGUCCCCAUGAUUGUAAUAUUUUGACGUGAUCUUUUUUCAUUUUAAUGUCCAUUUAUAUGUUUGUUUAAUAAAUGCUCAGAUGCCUAAUUUCUGGUUAUAUAUUCUUUUUCAGGUGUCUAAAUUGUUCAUAUGUUAAAUUUUUAAUUAAUGUCUAAUUUGGUGCAUAGUUUUGUUAUACGCGAAUGGUGAAAUAGAAACUAUUGUUGCAGUUCUUUCUUUCGUUUGACCCUUUCAUGUUUACAUUUUGGUGUUAGAAAUGUGAGUCAAUUUUAAGAUUGCGAGAGUUAACGUACGUCACUUAACAUCGGUCAGGGAUUCGUUUGCUUUCUUUUUGCUAUUUUUUUCUAGAUACAAUCUGGUCCAUUUUUUACAGACUGAUGUUUCUGAUCGUUUAAAUACGUUAAGUAAACUAUUGAUUUUAGUUCCAUAAAAUAUAUAGAAUAAACCGAAAUGAAUAACCGAAACCGAAAACAAACGCCAAGAAAUAAACAGCACCCUUCUCUUACAACACUGAUUCGGGGCAAAUUUAACAGAUGCGGGCGCAAUAAGGAUAUAUGAAUUUAUGUUUAUUUCAAGUUACGAUUUUUUUUAUAUGAACGACCGAUCGGACAAAGAUCUGACCAAUAUGUUUUGACCUAAGAUUAUCUUAUGAAAGUAUUUAUGAAAUAGUAAUUGAUUUCAUUUCCUAAAGGAAUUGAUAUGACAAAUGCUCCGUUAAAUAUUAUUUUUUUAACUAAAUGAUUCUCAUGAACGAAGUAAAAAUAGCAGAAAACAAUUAAUGGCAAUAAAUUUAUGUAUACGUAAGCGCGUUUAUAACAAUUUUGAAAACAAAACUACAUAAAA